ACAAUUUCAGCAAAUCCCUACAGCAAUUAAAGUAAAUUGCAUCACCAUUUUCUGCAAACUGCUUUAGCAUCUUCAGCGACUACUUUCAACAAAAAAAAAAAAAAACAUUCACACUAGUAUUGUUGCAUGUAAAAGGACGACUUUUAAGAUAGAUCUAAAGAUGAUUGGAAAAAAACUGUGAUCAGCACCAAGUUCCAACACAAGACCUCAAAAGGUCACCUGAAAGUCUGACCAGUGUUUGUGCACUCACUCCAGGGACGCCCCACCAGGCCUGUUCACCUCUAAUUACAUGUUCAUCUGGGGUGAAACACGAGUGUGGGAGGGUGAUCGGUGUCACAGAAAGACGAUCGGGUCGGGUGCUCGGCCCGGCAUGACUCAAAUACUUUCCACCAUCAUGUUUGCUUUUGCCAGCAACAGAAAGCAGCAGAAGAAGAUGAGUCUCCACCAGCGAUUCUGAAGUGAACAUGUCUGAGGAGAAAAAAGCUCCCCAAAACAAACCUUCCAGCAACAAGAACAUCAGGAAGCUCUGGGCUGCCAGCAUGGUGUGCAGCCUGACGAGCAGCUGGCAGCAUUGGGUGUCUGAGAACGAGAAGAAGCAGGCCAGCGAGCCCACCGGCUGGGCUCCCCCUUCACUGGAAGAUCCGACAGCAGAACCCAAAAAGACGUGGUCUCCUAGGAAGCCGCCUCCACCUCAAGCCCAGAAAACCUCUGAGAUCCUUGUGGCCCAAACCUCAAAUCCUCAGGGAGUCCAGAACUCCAGCCAGCCUUGCAUCAAAACAAAGCAGGUGGUGAAGACUGUGACCCUUCAGGAAAAAGGUGCAACCGUCGGACUCCUGACUGAGAAGACGAAGAGGGAGCCUCUGCCAUCGGACGAGGAGAUCGACAGGCUGCUGAGGAAGAGAAGUUCCCCGACGCGCCGCAGGAAGUGCUCCAACAUGGUGUCCUCUCUGACCAAAAGCUGGAAGCAGAUGGAGAACGAGCAAAAGCUUUCGAAAGACGAAGGAGGACUGGCAGAGGAACGGAAAAAGGAAAGCAGGGAUGCAGGGACUGAGAAACCAGCCAGAGAAGAUGCUCCAACAUGCGUGAUAAACAUUUCUGAAGACAUAAACAACUCUGAGGAGGAGACGGUGAGGAUAAGAAGACCUCAGGUCUCGACGUACAAAAAGGACGCGGAGGACGCAAACAAAAUCAACACCUUUUCCAAGACAUACAGCGCCGUGGGAAACCUCAAGAGCCGCUGGCAGAACUGGGCCGUUGAGCACACAGUCAACCAGAAGUUGAACCCUUUCAGCGAAUACUUUGACUACGAUUACUCCAUGUCGCUUCGCCUCCAAAAGGGUCAGGAGGGCUACGGCCGUCCCAAGGAGGGAACCAAGACAGCGGAGAGGGCGAAACGAGCCGAGCAGCACAUCCACCGGGAGAUAGACGACAUGUGCUACGUGAUCCGGACCAUGGCUGAGCCGGACCCGGACGGGAAGACGCGGGUCACAUUCGGAGAGCUGUUUGACCGAUACGUUCGGAUCUCUGAUAAGGUGGUGGGGAUCCUGAUGAGGGCCAGGAAACACGGGAAAGUGGCGUUUGAAGGGGAGAUGCUGUGGCAGGGUCAGGACGAUGGAGUCAUCAUUACCCUGCUGGUGUGACUUUUAUUCUGAAAAUCCUGUUAUGGUCUGCCUAUGUCAACCAUGUCUGUUGCUGUGCCUCUCUGACCUCAUUUUUCGACAUGCGUGGAUGGAGGUCGGAGAAUGAGGUUUGAUGAUAUUGUUCAGCAGACAAAUGCAAGUUUCUGGGGCAGAAAAAACACAAGAUUGGUGUCUUUUUUAACAGUUUGAACACUUUUAUCUCUUCUUUGCUCAUAUUCAAAUGAUCAAUUAUUUACUGCGACUGUUUAAAAUCUGGCUGAGCUGCAUGGUGGUGUAGUGGUUGGCCAGAAGUCCCCGGUUCAAAUCCCUUUUCUUGUUUGGAGUUUGCAUGGUCGUCAUUUUUUUACGGACACUCCAUUUUCAUCCUAAAGUCCAAAAACACGCUUCAUGAGUUUAAUUAUGUCUCUAAAUUGUAUAAUCUUGGCAACCUGUUCAGGGUGUACUCAACCCUCACCCUACAGUAGCUGGGAUAGGCUCCAGCAACCAUGUGGCCCCAAAAAUGAUUAAGUGAGUUCUAAAAAAAGACAAAUAUUUAAAGGAAAUUGAGCAAAAAAAUAAUGGUUCAUUCAGAUUUUAAAACGAAAUUCUCACAAUUAGCAGUAGAAAAGUUGCAUUCCCUUGGCGGAGGCUCCGGGGAAGACCCAGGACACGCUGGAGAAACUAUGUUUCUCGGCUGGCCUGGGAACGCCUCGGGGUCCCCCUAGAGGAGCUGGAGGAAGUGGC